CAUAAAUUAGGGAAAAGCAAGCAGACAGCUACACACAAUACUCUCUCCUAUUCCUCCUUCUUCUUCUCUUCUAGUCUGAGAGAGCAAAACGUUAAUUACUCUCUUUCUCUCUCAUCUAAUCAUCAUAAUCAUCCAUGUUCCUCUUUUCUCAGUCUUCUUCUUCUUCAUAGUCUCUCCCUUCUUGUAAUCACUGAUCAUGGUGGCGGCUACGUUUGAUGGAUUCUCCAUAAGGGACUACACAUCCAAGAUGAGAUCCAUCGACGUUUUCAAGUGCUGGCCGUUUGCAUCUACCUCCUCACGUGACGUAUCAGAUGAGGAGGUUCAGUCGUGGCUUCCGCCGAUGAACCCGUGCCCUAGAUCCGACGAUUCUACCGACCACCGCGCUCAAAAUCUGGAGAUUCCGCCUUCUGCUGCGGAAACCGAUGAAGACGACGGCGAUGUAGAUUGCAGCGAAGAGGAAUCUGCAGAAUCUAUGGAAUCUGAGAAAUCCGCGCCUCCUUCCGACUCCUCCCCGGCGAACAACAACAACAACAAUGAAGACGAGAAACUGGAGAUGGUUUGUCCGGUGUGCCGCGAAUUCAACGCCGCGACACUCACGGCGGUGAACGCGCACAUCGACGGAUGCCUCGCGCAGACGAUGAGAGAGGAGCGUCGCCACAUGAGGAUUAUGAAUUUGAAAUCUUCGUCGUCAAAGUCGAAGCCGUCGAAGCCGCUGAAGAAACGUUCCAUAGCCGAGAUUUUCAUGGUGGAGGAGCAGCCACAUCUGCCACAGCCACAGCCGCAGCCUCAGUUGCCGCCGCAAAUCGAGAGCGUGUUGAAGUUCUGGCCGUUCCGCGAGGGCAAGGUGGACGAUGUAUCUAUUACCGUUACGAAGUUCGAGUGGCUUUCUCGGCGACUGGAGGCGCUGAGAUCCACGCGCGUAGACGGUGAGUCCGCCAAAUCGGACCAAGGAGAUAUCUCGGAGGAGAAGAUGGAGAUGUUGUGUCCUGUUUGUCGAGAUUUCAACGCCGCCACGGUGACGGCAGUAAACGCACACAUAGAUGGUUGCCUCGCACAAGCUGUCAGGGAGGAACGACGGCAGAUGAGAAGGUCGACCGGUAAUUGCAAGCCCAUACCUAAGACGCCGAAGAAGCGCUCGCGCUCGAUCGCAGAGAUUCUUACAGUGGCGCCACCGAUCGAAGCUGGCAAAAGGAAAGCGAUUCAGGUUGAGGAAGAAGAUGAGGAGAAAUCCGAUUAUGGCUAUUCAGGUGGAGAUUCAACUAGGGCCGCCACUCCUGCUCCUUCUGCCGCUGUUGCUACUCCCGUUGCUUCGGUAAUUAAGAACAAGAAGAGUACGAUGAAGAAUAGGAACAAGAAAAAGUUGAUGAAGGUGAAGAAGAAGAAAAGCAAGGUGGAGAAGCACGGCGAUAGUGGUGUGUGGUUCGUGAACAAUGAGAAGAAGACGGUUGCGAGCAAGAAGAAGAAGAAGAAAAAGAAGAAUGUCUUCAACAACAGACCAACUGGGAACAAGGUUGAUGUUUACGAGCGCAUGGUGCAAAGUGCAGUAAAUAGUUCCAGAAAACUAAAAGGUACAAUCGAUAAUAAAAUGCUUCCACUUCACGAGGUUGAUCCUUCUAUCGAUAGAAAGAUAUCAGGUAUAAAUUGCUUAUCGGUAGAAAAGAAGCAACAAGUUAAAAACUGCGACUCAGUUGGAAAGCAAGAAAAAGCAGUAUCUCCUAAUCAUGGCAUUCUUAAGAACCGCUUCAAACAUGUUUCUGAAAAGACGUCAAGUGGCAGUAGUAUUGGAGAUGGUACUCAAGAAAGCUAUUAUAGUGAUCAAGAGGAAACCUCGGACAGACAUGUGAAAUUCUCUGGCAAAGAUGAUAUACCUGGUCCUAAAAAGACAAAUUCAUUUGAUGAAACCUUGUUCAAGAUAUCUUCAGAUGCGGUGGCAUCUUCAGCAGUAAAGGAGAAGUCCUCUGGAAGUGAUGAAGAAACUGCAAGUUUGGAGCCAAACAGAAAUUAUGACCAUAUUGACAGAGGCAAGAGAGAGGUUUGCCCUAUAGUUGAAAGUAAACAGUUUUCUAACACUCUGGACCAAGAUACCAUACAAAGCUUCUUGAAGCCAUGUAUCAAUCAAGAGAAGUCAAAGCUGUUAGAAGAGAAGUCAGAAUUGUUGACCAAGGUGGCAGUUUGUGACAAUAAUGAUUCACAGUUUUUUUACGGAGGGAACAGAACUACCCUGCAUUGUUCUCCAUAUGCUGACAUUUCUAGACCUCUUUCAGCUGUCCAAGUAGAGAAGAUGUCUGGUAUAAAUACAAAGGUGUGUGAAUCUGGAUCUUUCAGCUACAGUGGGAAGUUGGACCAUUUGGAUGAUCCACAGGUUGAUGCUGUUAACUCAAAUGAAAAUACAAAGACAUUUCUGGAGCCUUCUUCAUCUUAUUCUGCUUCAUAUAAUGCAAAUGAAAAACCAGAAUCUCCAUUGCAAACUUAUGGAGAUAAAGAUAAUAGUGGUGAGGCCUUGGGUAACAGACAAUUUUCUCGUAUGUUUUCUGCAGAUAUGAUUGAUAACUCAUUCCCCAAUACAGGCUGGGAGAAAGGAAGUGGCAAAAAUAGCUGUUUGGAUCCGGAUUUUUUUGGUUUGCCACUCAAUUCUCAUGGUGAGCUAAUCAAUUUCAGUUCAAGUGGAAACUUAGGGAUGAACCAGUCAGAUACAUCAAGUACGUUACGUGGUUCUUUUAGUGGCUUACCCAUUAAUAAUAUUCUCCAUCAAAGUAGCCAGGAAAAUUUAAGCAUUAAUGAGAAUCAUGUUGUUCAGAAGACAUUUCCAAAAGAUGGUCUUGAUCCAUUUCCACAUCAUCCAACCCGAUUACCUGUCACUGAGUUACAAUCUAGAGAGAGAGAAGAUAUCCACCGACCUAAUUCUUCAGAUAUGUGUUCCAGUCACUAUGUCCCGCCACUUAAUUCAGAGUUGAACUGUAAGAAAAACUCGUUCGUUGAACAGAAUCAAUGUGACCGAGUCUGGAAUCACAAUGGAAAUGGGGUGGUUUCUCUGAAAGAAGGUUCACAUCAUAUCUCACCAAGUUCCAGCCAACCAACAAUGAGGUUGAUGGGUAAAGAUGUUCCAAUUGGUAGAAGCAGCCAAGAGAUGCAACAAUUUGCGGGAGAUGUUUGGCCUGAUGAGGAAUCCAGAAGAAGGAAUUAUUCUGAAUAUGCUGCUUUAGAUCAUUCUUUAUUGGAAAGAAGUUCUAAGCAGGAUUGGGUAUCUGGUUCACCUUUACAAAUAUCAGCUGACAAUGUAUUGCAAGCAGCAAAAAUUCAAAACAAUCAAGCAGCACAAGGCACCAUAUUGAUGAGCAGUACAGACUCUGGAUUCUCUCAACAGUUUAUUGAUCGGCAAAGUAAUCAUGGAGUCAACAGAAAUGCCAGUUCUUAUUUCAAUCCCAUUACUCAAAAGUCUACUUCGUAUGCAGCAUUUAAUGGUGCAUCCAAUGACUUUUCAGAGCAGUUUAUACCUGGAGCUAAACCUCUAGGAUUGAGCUCUCAAUUAGUGGUACUACCUACACCUGGCAAUUUUAGUCACUCGACUCAUGUAACCAAUGGUGAGCUGAAUGACAGGAACAAAAAUCCCCAUGUUACAAAAUCAGCCUUUGGAUUUCCUUUCUUGCAGCCAACUGUGAAUGAACAGGCCAAAACAUCUUGGUAUAGUCCCUACAGAAGUUCACCAUCGUGGUUGUCAAUCUCAACAGAUGAAAUGCUACCAGGGACCUUUUCUCGGCAAUUUUCUGCUUCAAGUAGUCAAAACUUUCCUCAAAAUCUGUGGGGAAAUAAUUUCACUACGCCAUUUGUGAAUCAUUCAGCAGAAGUUCGCUUUCCUUCUAAUCAUCUGACUUCUUCUCUAGGUCCCAUGCAGACGACUCCUCUUUCUCGAGUAUCAAUUGGUCAUCCUCUACAUGUUCCGGUUACACCCUCUACCAUAAAUAGUGAUAAUAUAAACAUAAAUAAGGUCGCUGACAGAUUGAAGUUCGAUGACCAUCAGCUGUGCACAAAUACCAGAAAGAGACCUGCAGCAGCAGCCAAUCUUGAUGAUUCCAGAAAACCUACCAAGUUACUGAAUAUGCGAGUGCAAGAAAACUUCAGUCGUAUGACUAGGUUGCCUGGUGAAAAGUCCAGUGUGGAAUUGCAACGAAACACAAGAACACUCGAACUGGAUCCACACAUGGGCAGUGCUAGGAGUAGGUGUUGUCAGCAUGAGGCACAAAAUCUAAAUCCUGGAAGUUAUCCUGCUGUAAAUUCUUUUAAACUGGACGGCAUGGUAACAUCAGGUCCUGUCCGACUUGGUCCUAAAAGAGCGAAGCACAUCUUAAAUUCCUCUUAAAAUAUGGAUCAGGAUGACAAGCUAUUCUGCCAUAUUCUCACCUGCGAUUACUGACAGUGUUAGUGAUGUAGAAAUUCAGAGAAAAUUGACUAAAGUAUACUGAUUUUAGGUGUAAGUUAUAUCAUUUUAUCAUAUCUGCUUUUCCUCCUCCAUAGUAUAUAUCCAUUUGAGAACAUAACAGGAUUGUCCAUGUAUCAAUAUUGCCAGGUUGCUGAAACCGGCGGAAAAUUGAUAUAAUUCCAUCCAGUCUUUCGAUACAUCCAGCUCUCAGUUUUGAAGUUUUAUGCCCUUUACAGAAUUUUGUCUCCAAAGAAUAAUGACGCUUUGGAUAUCUAUUUUUGAGCCAGGUAUUCCCCACAUGGCAUCUGUUCAAUGACUAUGCAAAGAUGUGCUUAUUACUGAUACAGCAGAAGGAAAGAAAGAUGGGCUUUAGGAUAAGGGAAUAGUCCAUCUCUCAACCUAUUCAAUAAAACUUGAAUUGGGGCUUUAGUUAUUCAUUAACCAUUGGAUACUUCCUCAUUAA